CGCACAGGUACAGAUCGAAGAGAUUGAAGAGAAAAAAGUAGAACAGGAGAAAUGGCAAAGUCUUGUAUAUUGUCUGAAGAGAUGGUGACGACACAGAUAGUGUCAAGAUUGCCUCCCAAGUCUUUGAUGAGAUUCAAAUGCGUCUGUAAAUUGUGGUACAAGGUAAUCGGUAGUCCUAGCUUUCUGACCAUGCACCUGUCCAAUUCCAUGCACAACAAAUUUUCUUCAUUCAUUUCCAUUGUUUUCAAGCGUACCAUACUCAAGGACAACAACCUUACAGAAGAAGAAAUAUAUCAUGUCCUCAGGGACAGCAGUGAUAGGAAGCAAGUUUUACUGUCAUUACUCAAUCUUUGCAACAAUACUGUUGGUGAUGGUCCACACCUUCAAUCUGUUGUUGAAGACUUUACUGUUCCACCUCCUAUGGGUCUAGCUUUUACUCUGCAGAUCGUUGGUCAUUGCGAUGGGAUCAUUUGUCUAAGCACCCACGCCGGUAGUGAUCGUGCUGCAUUAUGCAAUCCAUCAAUCAAGGAAUUCAAAUUUCUUCCCAAGUCUUGUCUCAUCCAUCCGCCGAAUGUAGCAUAUGUUUAUCAUGUUGGAUUUGGAUACGACUCUAAAGCGAAAGAUUACAAGCUUGUUAGAAUUGCAUUGUCUAUUUCGUAUGGUGAACAUCCUACUAGAGGAGAAAUAUACAGCUUGGGUUCUAAUUCCUGGAGAGAAAUCAAAACUGAUUUCAGAACUAGAGUUUACAGUACACCUGGUUCAGGUCUGUACUUCAAGGGAAAUUAUUAUUGGUAUGCAUUUAAGCAAGAAGAACCAGAAUAUCACAAGGAAUUCAUCCUUUCAUUUGAUAUGAGUGACGAGUUAUUUCAUCAUACAUCAGUUCCAGAUAGUUUCCAUGUCACAGAUGGAUGUUACAGGAGCCUCGUAGUGUUGAGAGAAUCCAUUGCUCUUUUGUCCUACGAAGCAGGAUAUGGAGUUCCUAAAACUUUUGAAGUAUGGGGAACGGAAGGUUUUGGUGCUGGUAAGGAUGUUUGGACUAAAUACGUCACCAUCGGACCUCUAGAAGGCAUUGAGAUUCCAUUGGUAUUUUGGAAGAGUGACGAGCUUCUUGUGGUUACCAAUAAUGCAAGUGCAGUCUCCUACAAUCUUUGCACCCAAACAUCCAAGUAUCUUCCCAUUAAUGGUGCCGAAGCAUCUGAUAUAAAAGCUGUUGUUUAUGUGAAUAGUAUUGUUUCCGUCAACCGAAGACAAUAAUAAGGC